GCCGCAAGGGGCGGAACAAAUUGGGAUACAGGACAGGAAGUUGGAAUUACCAUGAGGGAAACCAAAAUAAAGGAGCAGGAUUCUACUGGAGAUUCUAUUCUCAAGAAGCGCGAUGCCAUCUGGCCAUUGGUUCUUUUUUAUAUCCAUGUAAAUAUCCUGGGUAUAUAUGGUAUUUACAUUCUGCUCACUAGUGCUUCGUGGGCCACGAUUUUAUUCACUGCUCUAUUAACUCUUCUUGGAAUCUUGGGCGUGACAGUGGGAGUUCACCGCCAUUGGGCGCACAGGACCUUCACCGCCUCCAAACCCUUAAAGGUUUUCCUCAUGUUCUGCCAGACGACAGCCGGUCAGGGCUCCAUCUAUAGUGUGGUUCAGGCCCAUCGGCUGCACCAUGCCAAGUUCCAACAGGACGAGGAUCCCUACUACAGUAAACAAAACUUUAUGUACGCCCAGGUGCGAGGGAGUCUACUAAAGUACUCUCCCCAGCAGGAGGAACUGCUCAAGGAUAUGGAUGUGUCGGAUCUGGAAAGUGAUCCCAUUGUCAUGUUCCAGAAGCGGUUCUAUGUCCUGCUGUACAUUUUCCUCAAUGUACUACUAUCCGUAAACACCCCGUUUCAGUACUUUGGAGACUCUUUGGCCACCUCCAUGUUUGUGGGUUUCUGGUUGCGCAGUCUGAUUGUUAUAAACUUGGGGAACCUGGUCAACUCAUCCCACUUUAUAUGGAGCAUCCACAAGGGCUUUAAGCCCACGGACUCGAAUAGUAUCUUUCUGAUCACGAAGAGUUACUGGCCGCAGUAUCAUUACCUACUGCCCAGGGACUACCAGAGCGGGGAGUUUGGGAGCUAUGCUUCGGGAAUAGGAUCUGCCAUGAUCCGCGUAUUUGCCGCCCUAGAUUGGGCCAAGGAUCUGAAGACCAUUGGAUCCGUGGCCGUGCGUCAGGGACUCACAAAGGCGGUGGAGACGGGUCGACCCAUUGUGGAGUGCAUCGAGGAACAGGUGGAGUUGGAGGAAAACGCCCUGCCCGCCAACCAUUUCCUCAACCGGGAGAAGUUUAUGUGAGCAUAUUGCAUCAUCGCAGGGCACUAAAACGAUGCGACAAAUGGUCGCGACAGUCGUAAAAAUAAAUUAACCGCCAUCGAGAAGGCGGGGUAGAGUAAA